GGCCUUUGUAGACACCUUUCCGGUCUCCAUUUCCGCUUAGAUGUAACAUCCACGCUCAAAGUAUCACCAAUCCUCCUAACCAAUGAUUAUAUUUUAAACGUUUUUUCCCAUAAAAGUUGUGCUGAUUCUCUCGGGCUCAAAAGAUAACUCAAUAAUUCACCUACUUUCGCUUCACCAAUUUGUGGUGCAGUGGCAUAUACUUGGAAAAAUAUCUCCAUAUAUGCCCUGCAAACUUGCAGUAUCUUUCUACUCGCACCCUUCGAAUAAAAGAUCUCCCUGUCUUCUAUCUUCCAAUUCAUCACUCUUUCGAUGGGGUCGAGUCCCAAGAACCUCCACUCUAUUCUGGGUGCAGCAGGAGUCAAGGAUAAGAGAGUUUCCAUCCUGCCUAAAGAUGGUUUAACAAAUUUCACGCAAUCCAUCAUUUUCAAGAAGCAACAAACCAACGAACCCUUUUACGUACUUGAUUUAGGAGUAGUCGCUGCCCUCAUGGACAAAUGGACCCGUACCCUACCCAUGGUUCGACCCUUCUACGCCGUCAAAUGCAACCCCGACCCAGCUCUCACGGGCACACUUGCAGCUCUUGGCUCCAACUUUGAUUGUGCAAGUCGAGUUGAGAUUGAAUCCAUCUUAUCCCUUGGAGUUGCUCCAGAGCGAAUCAUUUAUGCAAAUCCUUGCAAAGCAGAGUCCCACAUCAAAUAUGCUGCUAGUGUUGGGGUUAAUCUAACAACUUUUGACUCGAAAGAGGAACUAGAAAAGAUCAGAAAAUGCCAUCCGCAAUGUGCUUUGUUGAUCCGAGUUAAAGCUCCAGAUGAUGGUGGAGCUCGCUGCCCAUUAGGACCCAAGUUCGGUGCCCUUCCUGAAGAAGUCACGCCUCUUCUCCAAGCUGCAAAAGUUGCGCGUCUCAAAGUGGUUGGAGUUUCUUUUCACAUAGGAAGCGGUGCCACUCAUUCUCGCGCAUAUAGAGGAGCCAUAGCAGCGGCAAAAACUGUAUUUGAAGCCGCAACUCGACUUGGCAUGCCAAAAAUGAAUGUGCUGAAUAUCGGCGGCGGUUUCACAGCCGGUUCACAAUUUGACGAAGCGGCGAUAGUAAUCAAAUCAGCUCUUCAAGCUUAUUUCCCAAACGAACCGGGUUUGACAAUUAUUUCAGAGCCUGGCCGGUUCUUUGCAGAAUCGGCUUUCACGUUAGCCACGAACAUAAUCGGAAAGCGUGUUAGGGGAGAAUUAAGAGAGUAUUGGAUUAACGACGGUAUCUACGGUUCCAUGAAUUGUAUCUUAUACGAUCAUGCAACUAUCACGUGCACGCCUCUCGCUUGCACUUCAAAUCGCCUGAACCCAGCGUGCAAAGGAUUGAGGACGUACAGCUCGACGGUUUUUGGUCCCACGUGCGAUGCCCUAGACACGGUUUUGAAAGAUCACCAGUUACCGGAACUGCAGGUGAACGAUUGGCUGGUGUUCCCUUGCAUGGGAGCAUAUACGGCGGCUGCUGGGUCCAACUUCAAUGGAUUUAACACUGGAUCAAUUCUUACCUACCUUGCUUACUCCAAUCCAAGCUAAGCAUAUUACAAAGUUUUUUUUUCACAAGCAACCAAUUAUAUAUGCUCACAAAGAGUUAUUGCAAUGUUUCCUUUAACUAUAUAAAAUGUAGAAGAUGGAUCUUAAAGGAAAAAAGGGCCAGUAAUAAUAAUUUAGUAAUAAAUUAAU